GCGGACCCGAGAAGAGCCGAGUCGGCCCGAGCACCGCCGAGCGAGCCCGAGGCGCCGGGCCAGGCCGGAGCCGGACUACGGGAGCCGACGCGGGCCGCGCGGUGGGCGCGGAGCGGCGCGGCAGGCCGGGCGGGAGGCAGCGGCAGCGGAGGAGGCCGCGAAGGCGGGUUCGAGUGGCGGAGGCGGCGCGGGUGGCGGCAGGGGGCCGGGUGGCCGGGGUCCCGGGCCCCGCAGCGGCGGCAGCGGCGGCGGCGGCAGGAUGAUCAAGCUGUUCUCGCUGAAGCAGCAGAAGAAGGAGGAGGAGUCGGCGGGCGGCACCAAGGGCAGCAGCAAGAAGGCGUCGGCUGCGCAGCUGCGGAUCCAGAAGGACAUAAACGAGCUGAACCUGCCCAAGACGUGUGACAUCAGCUUUUCAGAUCCAGACGAUCUCCUCAACUUCAAGCUGGUUAUCUGUCCUGAUGAGGGCUUCUACAAGAGUGGGAAGUUUGUGUUCAGUUUUAAGGUGGGCCAGGGUUACCCACAUGACCCCCCCAAGGUGAAGUGUGAGACGAUGGUCUAUCACCCCAACAUUGACCUCGAGGGCAACGUCUGCCUCAACAUCCUCAGAGAGGACUGGAAGCCAGUCCUUACGAUAAACUCCAUAAUUUAUGGCCUGCAGUAUCUCUUCUUGGAGCCCAACCCCGAAGACCCACUGAACAAGGAGGCCGCCGAGGUCCUGCAGAACAACCGGCGGCUGUUUGAGCAGAAUGUGCAGCGCUCCAUGCGGGGUGGCUAUAUCGGCUCCACCUACUUCGAGCGCUGCCUGAAAUAGGGUUGGCGCACACCCACCCCUGCCAGGGCCACCAGCCCCGGCGUCCCCUGCAAAUAUUUAUUGGGGGCCACAGGUGGGGGGCAUGGGGUGGCCGGUGGGGGAACCCCAUGCCCUGGCCUUGCCUCCCCUCCCUGCCACCCGCUCCUAGUUAUUUUUUUUUUUUUUAACCACCAUGUGAUUAAGGUCGGCGCUGCCUCCCCCGACCCGCUCAGCAAUGGGAAAUGAAUUGGCUUGUCUAGCCCCCAGCUGGGUGCUGUCCAGCCCCCCACUCUGGGCUCUGGGGUGGGUGGCCAAGGGGACUGGGUGGCUGGGGCUCGGGCACCCCACCCCUCCACCACUGGAGGUCCCACCAGGCUAUUAAAGGGGAAUGUUACUGCA